GGGACUAGCAUCUCAAGCAUCUCAAGCAUCUCAAGCAUUAAAAUGGCACUAACAAAUCAUAACCCUGCACCAUCGAAUUUAGCGUAGUCAUUUCCAGCCCAGCUUCGGUAUCACUUCUCUGCCCUUGCCAUUUCACCUACAUUUUACUUCCGCCCACCACUUUGAACUCAUCCCCAUCCAUCCAUCCCAUCCCAUCCCAUCCCAUCAUACAUACACACAUACACAUACACAUACACACUCAUACACACUCAUACACACAUACACACACACACGUUCAUGCGUCCUGAACAACUUCUUCACAAAACGACACAAACGGGACGACCCUCAUCGUACAUGGAUCGAGAGUAAAAUAUGUUCACAUAAUUUUUAUCCUUCUUUUAUUCGGAGAGAAGCGCGAGAAAAAAAAGAGAGAUAUUCAAACGCAUACAUAAUCGAUUAUCGCAUCGUCAUUCUUCCCUUCUCAUCCAAAUACGACGGCCCUGCCCUGCGCGAUAGUAUUUGAUUCACUCUAGACGCUACUCACCUAGGUAUCGAAUGAAUAUUCAGCUAGUCGAUUUAUUAAUCAAUCAAUCCAUUGAUUCACCGAAUGUGCUGGCUUUCCAGGGCACCUAAAGGCAGUCAACCUCGAUCAAAUUAAUUCCUCCUACCUUGAACCUUCUUUUCCUUUUCCUCAACACACACGCACACGCACACACACCAUCUACCAGCUUACAGCCUCCUCCUUCGACGUCAAAGGUACUUGUCAUUCCUUCUUUAUCUUUCCGCCGAUCCCCCAUUCGAUACCUAAUAUUCGAUUCUCGUACACUUCAGAGUGCGUCGCAAACGAAGGCACUAUCUCCAAUAAGGACUUUUUUCAUGGAACACAAGGUCUAGCUCGAUUCGAAUGUAACUGUGGCAGCCUGCAGCCAUUUUACGGCUCGCCGCCUAUUGUCAGCAAUCCAUAGGACUUUUGACUUCCCCCGCCUGGUGCCAAAAGCAACAACAGGUUCAACCUCGCAAUCUUCUUCAACCAGUCCCGUGUACCCUCCACCAUCCUUGGGGUAAACACGCGCGAUAUUUAUUCCGCCGUUCGAUCUUGGGUUGGCGGUCUGAAUCAAAUUUCAAGUCGGUCCUCCUCUAAGUAGGAGAGUGGCAUUGCCACACCGAAUCCCAAGAUGGCCUCAAAUUUUCCACAAAUGGGUGGUGCGGGCCAGAUGAUGCCACAGCAACAGCAGCAGCAACAGCAACAACAACAGAUUCAUAUGCAAAUGCAUCCAAAUCGACAACCCCAACAAUUAAACCAUAUGAUAUAUCAGAAACUUCAACAACAAGGAGCACCACCAUCAGGAUGGCAACAAAUGGUGCCGGCUCAGGAGCGUAUGGCAGUCAUUUUCAAUAUAAUUGGUGCUUUACGACUUCUUUCUCAAGGUCAAACCACACCUCAGCACAUGUUUAAGCUUCUCGACAUUGCCCUUGGCUUCGAGAAAGAAGCAUUUAUGACCUCGCCCGAUAAAAUUUCCUACAAAAAUAAAAUGAAUGACAAGCAGCGAGAAUUACAGCAAGCUCGAAUGCAAUCCCAGCAAAGUAUGCAGCAACAAGUCAACUCACAAGCCCAAGCCCAGCAGCAACAGCAGCAGCAGCAGCAGAUGAUGAUGAAUCAAAACGGCAUGCAGGGCCAAAUGCCGAGAAACAAUCCUCAGCAACCUCCCCAACAAGGCUUUCAGCAUCUUCAACACCAGAUGCAGGCGUCGCCUCUACCCCCUCAGCAACCUCAGGCCAUGCAGAACGGCCUCCCAAACGAUACCCUUCCACAGAAUAUGCCUCAGAAUGCACAAUUGCAAGCAAAUGGCAUGCAAAAUCAAAUUCAGCACGGAUCUGGUAGACCCAUGAAUGGCCAGCCACAAUUACAACCGACACCAAACGAGAUGCAGGAAAUGAAUCGAGAAGCUAUCAGAAUGUGUAACGAAGCAUCAGAAAAUGACAAGGUCAACAUACGGAACACCUUGAGGGCAAAGAUGACUCCACAGCAACUCCAAUCGCAGGAACAGAGUGGAGCAGACAUCGCGUUUCUAUGGUAUCGCCAGCAACUGAUGAAUAGAUGGCGUCAUCGUCACAUGCCGAUGGGGCAAGGACAACACCCUACACUUCCACAGCACCCACAAAAUGGUUCUGCAACGGCUCCAGCCAUGCAGCAACAGCGAUCUAUGAACCCAAGCCCAAUGAAUGGCCAAUCGCAACCCCCUACAACCAUGGGUGGGGGCCCAGACUUUAAUUCUUUCUUGGGCAACAUGGAAAACUUAAUUGGCCAACAGCAGCAAGCGGGGGUUUUGGCUCAGGAAGCAGGUCAAGUUGUUGUACCUGUCAGUGCGCCAAGGAAUAACACUCCCCAGCCCAAUGUUACAAUGCCAGGACAAGCGAUCAACAUGAACGAACAACGUUCGGCUUCCAAUCCCAUGGCGAGAACGCAGGCCCAACAGGUUCAAAUGUUUAAUGCUCAGCAGUCACAAAGAUUUCAGCAACAGCAGCAGGCACAGCAGGCACAAGCUCGUGCAAAUGCAGCCGCCAAGGCACAGAUGGGACUGCAAGGCCAGCCAGGGGGAAUGGGUCCGGGGAACAUGGCAUCACAGCAGAGCCCUGCUAUGAAUACGCUCAACGCUCCUAUGAGGACGCCGUCUCAGCAGAUGGGUCACCCUGAGGCUGGUGGGAUGAUGCAUAAUGCACCAUUUGGCCAGUCACUGGAUCCACGCUUUGGUAAUCCAAGAAUGUUUGGUAAUUCCAUGAACCAAUUCAACCCCGCAAUGUUGCGAGAUAUGGGCCCAGAACAACGUCAACACUUCUCAAAUUUGCCACCUGACAAGAUGAGUGAAUUUGCGAAAAAUUGGCAGGCUCGACAGCAGCAGAACCCAAUGCAACAGGCACAACAAAUGGCGAUUCAAGGAAACAAUAACCCACUCCGCCAAGGACAACCUGGACCACAGUCUGCACAGCUCUUGCAACAGCAACAACAACAUGCUCUAAAUCAAUUUAUGAUGACCCAUCCUGGACAACGACCCCCUGCGUCGUUAUUGAACAACUUGACUGCGCAACAACAGCAACUGAUCGUACAACAACAAAUGGCUCAGAAUGCAACCAUGCAGCCGCGGCCUGGAAAUAUACCUGCAGAUAAUCAUAGACUGGUGCAACAAAUGGACAAUAUGGAUAUCCCUGCACAGUUCCUCGCUAACAAUCAAAUGUUACAAGGAAUCCCGCCAGAGGUCAAGAAGUGGGGUCAAUUGAAACAAUGGGUUAGCACAACUCCCACGAUGCCACCACAGGCACUCGAAUCCGUGAAGAACGCCCAAAAGAUGCACCUAAUGCAGCUUAGUCAAGCAAGACGAGCCGCACAACAGCAGCUCAACCAAAUGGCCACGCAGACUCCAGUCGCAGGACAGAAUGCAAUGCCUAUGGCACCUCAAAGAAUGUCGGCUCCUGUUGCCCAAAUGGGUCAGAAUCCCACCCAAAUACCCAUUGGAAUGAAUGUGGCUCCUGGACCAAUGCGACAGUUCACGCCCCAGGACAUGGCUAACCUUCGUAAUCACCCAAGUGGGAAACUUCUUGGCGCCAGUGAUGACCAACUGCGACACAUCCUGAUGCAGAAUCAAAUGAAUCAAAUGCAACGUCGUCAAAUGGCAGCAAGCAUGGCGCAGGCGAAUGGUCAACAGAUUCCACAAAACACGAUGCAGGGACUACCGAACUCAGCCCAAAUGACGGCUACACAGCAACCGCCCGGACAAAUGUCACAACAAAAGCCAUCAACUUCGGCACCAGAACCUGCAGCUACACCCGUACCUACACCUGCUAACCGCCCUCGGCCUCCACCAAAUAACAAGCCGGCAGUCGCACAGAACCCGUCACCUGCUCAACCUGCUAAGAACAAUCUGAAACGAGCUAAUAGCGAUGAUGUUGUAGAAGUACCAAAUCCCAAUGGACAACAGGGUCCAGCGGCAGCACCACAGCAGAGAAAUAUCACCCGGCUUACGCCAGAACAGAUAGCGAAACUCGAUCCGGAGCAAAAGAAAGCCUAUGAGGCUACUCUACGUAAAAUGUUUAAUGCAAGACAGCAGCCACCAAGCAAUCCUGAGGUGGAAAUGAUUACCAGAAAAUUCAAAGAAUUUGCUGCCGAAGCAGAAAAGGCUUACAACGAUAACCCUCCCGGUGAUAUUUUUAUGGAUGAGGAGUCAAAGCAGGGCAUGCGCAAGUCCUUGGAACCUAUGCCUGGUCAUAUUAACAACGUCUCGAAAGCCAUGUUGAGGUGGUAUCAACAAACUCGUGAUGAUUCUCGAGCUAAACUAUUUUUCCGCACUCGAUGUCGUUUGGCGAAGCAAUUCAAAGACCCCGCUACUAUGAGGGAGCCUAAAGAUACUUUUUCGAUGAGGCCUGCUGAUGUGGAGCAAACUAAAGAGUUUCUCACUACAAUGGUAAUGGAUAUCGUCACUAAAAAUCCAAUGUUCAAGAAGAAUGGCGGAUCGUCAGACUCUCAAGGUACAUCAGCCAAUCCAUCUGGUGUAUCAACGGGACAAGCUUCGGAAGCGGCUGUGCCUCUUAAUGCCGCUAAUUUACAGCAGCAGCAGCAGCAGUUGCUCAAGAUGAACCACCAAAGAUCGAAUAGUCGCAGUUCUCACCCCCCAGCAGCCCCUACGUCAUCUCAGCCACCGUUUCCAUUUGGCGCUUCAUCUCCUCAUGGUCAGCCUACAUACCCUGGGAAGCCUCCUGCUUUCACUCCUGAGAAACUUCAUAUCCCCGCGCGUAAGAAGCAGAAGCCAAAUGGAACACCGGGCCAAGGUCAAGGCACUCCAGGAUCGACUUCCUCGCCCCAGAUCACCAAAGUCCCCUCACCUGAGGUCAAACGUCAACAAAUUCCAGAGCCAAAAAUUCCGUCCAAGCCGACCUGGCCAUGUAACGACGAGGUUUGCGAACGCCAAAAUACUGGAUUUGAGAGCCAAGAGGAGCUUGCUCGUCACACUCAAGUGGAGCACAGGCUACCCAUGCAAAACCCACAGAAGUUUGCUGAGGAUCACCUCCGACCAGUUCUAGGUCUGGAUUCUCAGAACCAAUCAAAUGCACCAAUGGCGACUAUGGAUGCAGCUACAUCAUCUAAGCAAGGUCAGACACCGAAGGUUGAGACUGUCACUCCUUCUGCUUCAACUGCUACACCUAUGAAUCGUCAAAACUCAGCGAAUUUGCAGGGUGGUAUGAUGCAAGGUAAAGCCAAGCACCAGUCUGGUUCGGUUACGGAUACAGCCGAUUCCCAGAAAGGCAUGAACAAGGAUGAAUCGAAUGCACCAGCUCAAGACGUUAAUAUGGAUCCUUGGGCGAAUGCUACCAUCGAUCCUAACGAGCUUGUUCGAGCUUUCCAGCCGUUCGAAGGCGGCGCUAACGGGGCUAUCUCCGAUGCGAAUAAUUACCGGUCUAUCACACCAAAUGACACUCCAGAAUCGAGCAAAGACGGCGUAUCAGAACCCACUAGUGAUAUCUCUGAAGGGGCUAACUUGGAAAUUUCCUUGGACAUGUUUACUGAUUCAUGGUUUCCAUUCGGACUCAGUGAUACUGAUGCUCUUGUGGAAAAUGAUAUCACCACCUAUGGCGCAAAUCUUGAUGGAGACUUGACCAUGUUUGAUGAUGUGGAGUUUGCCAACGUCCCACAAACAUGGGAUGAUAUGGAUGGCAAAGUAAAUUUUAAUGAACCGUUUCAAUUCAACAUAGAUGAGCAUUAUUCGAUGGAUGUCUAGUUGAGUAAACGGUGUAUCACGGUUUUUGGAGGGCGUUUCUCUGGUUGGAAGGGUUUACAGGGUACUUUGGAAAAUCAAUGAGAUGAUAUACCAAUGAAAAGCACGGCGUCUUGGGAUAAGACUACUAGGGGGGCGAAUAGGAUAUUCACCUAGUACUUUUGUUUUUAGCAGGGCGUUCAGUGGGGUGAAGAGUUUUCCUUGGCUGGAAUAAGCUUUUGGUUAUUAUUACAUAUCAUGAUUAUAAUGGCCCUUCUUGAACAAAUAUAUAUUAGUCAUUCUUGGUCUUUCUUUCCGUUUGAGUUGGGCGGCGCAACGAAAUAGGAAGCAUGAGUUGCAUUUGGUUUAAACUUAAUUUGGACUAUACAUGCUGUACAACACUUUGAUUGUAAUUUGAGAGAAUAAAGAAUUAAAUAUCA